ACCUUCAGUCCAUGAACUGUUGCCUGGAACACAACCAUUUCCUCAGUGUCAGUUUGCCAGCACACUGGAGCUUCGAGCUUGGCAUCAAUGGAUGGUUCUUUCCACCACUGUGUAAGGCUGGCGUGAAAUUAACUGGUAUAAACUAUAUCUCCUAAUGGUGGGCCUCUCAGAAUGCUUAAAGCACAGAAUGAUGGCAUUAACUUCUCUCGAUCAAUGGAGAAGAAUUAUUCAGCCUGUGCAGCAUGCCAGAGAAGAAGCAAUACUCUCAGAAUGCACUGACGUUCAUCAUUUAACUGACUCAUCAGCUGAUCAGUGAGUGCAACUGCGACUGUGAACAUGCAGAAGUCACAGCCAUCCCAAACAUCACCGGGAAGUGUCAGCUCCACCCGUCCAUUGAGUGCUCCUGGAUCUCCAGGUUCAACAAUAUGCGCGAAGAUGGAUAACCAGGUGUUGGCCUAUAAAGACCUGGCUGCGAUCCCAAAAGAUAAGGCAAUAUUGGAGAUUGAGCGGCCAGACCUAAUGAUCUACGAACCGCAUUACAGCUACUUCUGUGCAGAGAGACCAGAGCCAGUGGGGUCUGCUGAGCGCUCACAGUCACCACGCCCGAUGUCUCCUCUCACCUAUCCUGAGUACAUGGUGCAUAAGGAGAGCCGGGAAUGGGCAGAUGGGAAGUCUCCGGGAUCCACGAUGGGAUCAGCCAGCAGUCGCCGCAGCUACCCAUCCACUGGCAGCCUCCCACACCAUUUCCACAGGCCAGAUAUUGGCACCAAUAUGUACAGGAAGCGUCCCAUCUACAAGCAGAAUGAGCCAUCAAUUGUGCUUCCACAGAGUAAAUACAUUGAGGAUCUCAUCAUUGAAUCAUCAAAGUUUCCGGCUGCUCAGCCUCCAGAUCCCAAUCUUCCGGCAAAGAUCGAGACAGAAUACUGGCCUUGUCCUCCCUCACUUGCUGUCGUAGAGAAAGAAUGGAGGAGAAGAUUCCCUUCAAAAGAGGAUGAAGAGGAUGAGGAUGAGGAGGAUGAUGAGAUGAAACAACUGCGUGAGAUUCAGAGGAAGGAGCUGGACAAGAUCCAGUCUGGACUAGGAAAGUUGAUCUUGAAGGAGGAGUUGGAGAAAUCAAAACCGCGAGGGAGGAAAUCUCGCUCACUUCCAGAUCGAACCACAAGGAGUUUCUCUCCUCAACAGUCAACAUGUAAAUCACCCUCGCUCCCCAUCCAUGGGAGGAACAGUCUGUACAGGCUGCAGUCUGCAGAUUUUGUUACACCUCAGAGACCGGAGAGAAAGAGCGAUGCUGCAGAUAUCCAGGUGAGUGCUCAAUAUGCCUUUGUGAAUGUGCGUUCCACACAAGAGAAUGGUGACACACAGUCAGGGAGGAUGGACAGAGGAACAUCUUUGCCAGCCAUGUUGGAGCAAAAGGUUUACCCAUAUGAAAUGCUGAAAGGAAGCAGAAGUAUCAACCUGCCUCAGGGAGUGGACAGGCCCCGGCUGGAGAGACAUCUGUCCCCUGAGGAGUUCCAGGAGGUUUUCGGAAUGACAAUUAUGGAGUUUGAUAAGCUUCCCCAGUGGAAGAGGACUGAACUGAAGAAGAAGGCUCGCCUCUUUUAAUCUGCAGCAAUGUUGGGACGGAGAAUCCUUUUGACAGAUUCCCCAUAUGUUGGCUGGUUUGCUGUGUGCUGGAUGGUUGUUGCUUCUACAGUGUAUCACUCACAUGACUCAACUUUAAAACA